AUGAUUCGGGGCAUCAGUCUGCCGUGGAGAAUAGCUCUUCGUCGGACCUCCCAGGAUGUUCGGUACAGAGCCUACAGUCCCCUAAUCAGACAGAUUGCUUUCUCUCGCCUAGAUGUUCGAACUUCUCAACUACCAUUCUCGCGCAGUCUCUCUUCGACUCCAGCCCGACUAAAAGAGAAACCAUCUCCGCCACAACCAAAGAAGGACAAAAGCGAAGGAAACGAGGCGGAAGCAGAACGCGAAGAGAAAAUAAAGCCUGAGGAACCUUCUGAAGGUAAAGGAAAAUCUGAUGAACCAGGCCCAAUUCCAUUGUCAGAGGGGCGAUCAGACUCAAGGCCAAGCCAGGCGGGAGCUGGCAGCGGUGGCAGUUCUAGCGGAAGCGGGAGUGGGAGUGGUGACGGAGGGAGGCGAGGAAGAAAGGGAUCUUCAGAAAAGGCGCUCCAGAAACCGACGAUACCGGAUGUCUAUCCACAGGUGAUGGCCAUCCCAAUUGCUCGACGACCUCUGUUCCCUGGAUUUUAUAAGGCUAUCACGAUCAAAGACCCGAACGUUGUAUCCGCCAUACAAGAAAUGAUGAAACGAGGGCAACCCUACGUCGGAGCUUUCUUGUUCAAGGAUGAAGCUGCCGAUAAAGAUGUCAUUGACAGCAUAGACGAGGUUCAUGAUGUCGGUGUAUUUGCCCAAAUUACAAGCGCUUUCCCCGUUCAUGGAGAUGAGAGUGGCCUUACGGCAGUUUUAUACCCGCACCGAAGAAUAAAAAUGACGUCCAUUCUCCCAUCUCGUGAUAACUCGCAGAAAGACGUCGGUGAUCAAGAGCCAUCGAAAGACUCAUCAACCGAUAAACAAGGUGAUGUUGUGGCAAGCUUCGAGGAAGGGACUACAGAACAAACCACCAAGGAUACAGGUCUAUAUGAACCAUCAGCGUUCUUACGGAAGUAUCCCGUGAGUAUAGUUAAUGUAAACAAUCUGGUGGAAGAACCCAUCGACAAGAAGAGCCCUGUCAUACGUGCGGUUACGAGUGAAAUAGUCAACGUUUUCAAGGAUGUUGCAAAUCUGAAUCCCUUAUUCCGUGACCAGAUUUCCACCUUUUCCAUGAGCCAAUCGGCCGGAAAUGUUAUCGAGGAACCCGCCAAAUUAGCCGAUUUUGCCGCGGCUGUGUCUGCUGGGGAAAUCAAGGAGCUGCAGGAUGUUCUAGAAACCAUGAAUGUUGAGGAACGCCUGUCUAAAGCUUUGGUUGUCUUGAAAAAGGAACUUAUGAAUGCCCAACUUCAGUCCAAGAUCUCAAAGGAUGUUGAGGCUAAGAUACAAAAGCGCCAGCGAGAAUACUGGUUAAUGGAGCAGAUGAAAGGUAUCCGUCGGGAACUAGGAAUUGAGUCCGACGGAAAGGAUAAACUUGUGGAGAAGUUUAAGGAGAAAGCUGAAAAACUCGCCAUGCCUGAUGUUGUGAGGAAAGUAUUUGAUGAAGAAUUGAACAAACUCGCACACCUGGAGCCUGCAGCUUCUGAAUUUAAUGUUACCAGAAACUACCUGGACUGGAUAACACAGAUUCCAUGGGGCCGAAGGAGUGAGGAGAAUUUCGGGGUCAAGAAUGCUAUGAAGGUCUUGGAUGAAGAUCAUUACGGUCUAAAGGACGUAAAGGACCGAAUUCUCGAAUUCAUUGCUGUAGGGAAACUCCGUGGAACAGUCGAAGGGAAGAUUCUUUGUUUUGUCGGACCGCCCGGUGUAGGAAAGACGAGUAUUGGAAAAUCCAUUGCGCGCGCAUUAAACCGACAGUACUAUCGAUUCAGUGUUGGCGGUUUGACAGAUGUGGCCGAAAUAAAGGGCCAUCGAAGGACUUAUGUCGGGGCUCUCCCUGGCCGAAUUAUCCAAGCCCUCAAGAAAUGCCAGACCGAAAAUCCCCUUAUUCUUAUUGAUGAAAUUGAUAAAAUUGGACGAGGGCAUCAGGGAGACCCAGCAUCAGCACUGCUUGAAUUACUCGAUCCAGAGCAAAAUUCUUCUUUCCUCGAUCACUAUAUGGAUAUCCCUGUGGAUCUCUCCAAGGUGCUUUUCGUUUGCACGGCAAACAUGACCGAUACUAUUCCCCGCCCUUUGCUAGAUCGAAUGGAAUUGAUUGAGCUUUCCGGCUAUGUUGCUGAUGAGAAAAUGGCCAUUGCUGAGCGAUACCUUGCUCCUGCGGCCAAAGAAGUCAGUGGCUUGAAACAGGUGGACGUGACUCUUGAAAAAGAGGGUAUAGAAGAGCUAAUAAAAUCUUACUGUCGUGAGAGUGGUGUGCGCAACCUCAAGAAACAAAUUGAAAAAGUGUACAGGAAAGCAGCAUUGAAAAUCAUCCAAGAUCUACCAGACGAAGAGCCUUCAGAAGAAACCAAUGUUAGGGAAGAAGUUAGGGCUGAACAGGAAGCAAAUACAAAGGGAGAGACUGAAGCUACAAUGGAAUCCGCAAGCCAAGAAACCCCGAAGCUAGAAGCUGUGCAAGUUCCAUCAGAUGUUCACGUUUCUAUUGGAAAAGACAAUCUAAAAGAUUAUGUUGGCCCACCCGUCUUUACAUCGGAUCGACUUUAUGAUACCACACCACCUGGUGUUGCAAUGGGCCUUGCAUGGACAAGCAUGGGCGGUGCUGCACUAUAUGUGGAAUCAAUCUUACAAUCUGCACUGUCACCAUCUUCCCGGCCCGGCUUUGAACAGACUGGCAACUUGAUGAGCGUAAUGAAGGAGUCUACAAUUAUUGCAUACUCCUUUGCAAAAUCUCUUAUGGCUAAAGAAUUCCCUGAGAAUAAGUUUUUUGACAAAGCAAGGCUUCACCUUCAUUGCCCUGAGGGUGCAGUGCAAAAAGAUGGCCCUUCUGCUGGUAUUACCAUGGCAACUGCCCUACUAUCCCUCGCCCUCGACAAGCCCGUUGACCCCGCUAUUGCCAUGACUGGUGAACUUACAGUAACAGGAAAGGUAUUGCGGAUCGGAGGACUGCGUGAGAAGACUGUGGCUGCCCGCCGUGCAGGAGCCAAGACCAUCAUAUUCCCCGCAGACAAUAUGUCUGAUUGGCUAGAGCUCCCUGAGAAUAUUAAAGAAGGAAUAGAAGGUCACGCUGCCAGUUGGUAUUCCGAUAUAUUUGACCUAGUGUUUAGCAAUAUUGACCGGCAAGCUAUAAAUCAACUAUGGUCUGCACAGCUUGCUGAACCAGAGAAGGCCGAUAAGAAGGCCCAAGAAGACGAAGACUAG